AUGUCAAAAGAUUACACUGAGAACAAAUGUGGAAGUGAUGCAUUUGUGGUCAAUGGAUUUGAUGACUGGAACAAGACAGAAAGAUUACGUGCUCAUGUCGGAGCAGUGAAUAGUUUUCACAAUAGUGCAUUGAAAAGGGCUGACUAUCUGAUGAAACCAGAACAAUCGAUUGUUCAUGCUUUUUAUAAGCAGAAUGACGCUGCUAAAAAUGAAUACAUGAUCAGAUUGAAUGCUUCAAUUGAUGCUUGUAGGUAUUUGUUAAGACAAGGACUCCCGUUUCAAGGUCAUGAUGAAUCGGUGAAUUCAGUUAACAAGGAAAACUUGGUGGAGCUUGUGAAAUAUACUGCAGAGCAUAAUGAGCUUAUAAGUUCAGUUGUGUUAGAGAAUGCCCCUAAGAACAACCAGAUGGUGUCCCACAAAAUCCAGACAGAUAUAGUUCAUUGCUUUGCAGAAGAAGUUAUUGAAUCUGUUAUCAAAGAAGUUGGUCAUGAUGUAUUUUGUUUGUUGGUGGAUGAAUCUGCAGAUGUUUCUGACAAAGAGCAAAUGGCAAUGGUUUUUCGCUUUGUUGAUACACAUGGGAUAGUUAAAGAAAGAGUGUUGUUGAUCCAUUGUUUGCAAAAACAUGGAUUGAGUAUGAAGAAGUUAAGAGGACAAGGUUAUGAUGGAGCGAGUAAUAUGAAGGGUGAAUUCAAUGGUCUGAGAGCUCUAAUUCUGAGAGAAUGCAGUUCUGCAUAUUAUGUUCAUUGUUUUGCUCAUCAGCUUCAGUUAGUUGUCGUUGCAGUUGCUCAUAAGCAUUUUGAAGUUGGAGAUUUCUUUGAUAAGAUUGAUGUCUUGUUAAAUGUGGUUGGAGCUUCUUGCAAGAGGAAAGAUAAGAUUCGAGAAGACUACCAGAAAAAGUUGAGGAAAGAACUAAGAAAUACUUUGCUGCGGUUGGUUGAUUUGUUUGCAUCUAUCAUUAAAGUGCUUAAGUAUGUUGAAAUCGAUGAAAGUGAUGGUAUCAAAAGACGCCAAGCUAAUGGUCUUCUCAAGUACUUUCAAACCUUUGAUUUUGUGUUCUACUUACAAUUGAUGUUGCUUCUUCUUGGGAUCACAAAUAGCUUGUCAAAAGCUCUCCAAAAGAAGGAUCAAGACAUUUUGAAUGCUAUGUCACUUGUGAAAUCCACCAAGCAACAAUUGUACAAGAUCAGAGAUGAUGGAUGA